GCCGUUCGGUGCGGCAGAAGCCCUCACGUCAGUCGGAGCCAUGGCGGGGGACGGUGCGCUCGCCUCCGGGCUGGGCCUGAGCAAAGGCCUCGCCCUGGCGGCGGUGCUCCUCACAGUCCUCGCGGUCUUCGAGGCCGAGUCCGCCGCCGCCCUGCCCAACCUCCCGCCCGGCCUGGCCUACGUCGAGGACCCCGACGAACCCGCCGCGGCCUCCUCGGCCCUGGAUGACUACUCGGACAACGACCUGGGCCGCUUCGUGAACCCAGUGAAACGAUCUUCUUUGAUCUAUAUCUUCAGGCGCGCGUGCGUUCGGCGGGGAGGGAACUGCGACCACCGGCCCAACGACUGCUGCUACAACUCGUCCUGCCGCUGCAACCUCUGGGGCGCCAACUGCCGCUGCCAGCGCAUGGGCCUCUUCCAGAAGUGGGGGCGCAAGUAGGGCAGGUGGCGGCAUCACGGUGACGGACAACUCGGCUAUGACGACAACCUGGUCGGGACCACGGCGGGGCGGGGCGCCGACGAUGGGGCGGCACUGCACCGACCGCCGCGCCGCUGACCGGGGCGGACUACGAACACACGGCAUCUCGGAUGGAUAUUAAGCGAACAGGGGGGAGUGGUGACUCGGUACCUGUGCGGCGGGGACCGGAAACUGACGGGAGGCCCCUUUUUGUGUUCUAUUUUCUCUCAAAUUGUGCAACGUGUAAAAGAAAAAUUUGCACUAAAACCGAAUAUGAGACGAUUUCUCUUGGAUUUAUUUGUUAAAUAUUUUUUUGCCGUUAAAGCAAACCAUCUUUCAAUACGUAAGGACGAUACCUGUUUUUAUUUUCUUUAAUAUUCUUGAAGUGAUGUAAUACGCACAGCUCCCAACUAAUUCCGGUCCCCGCCACACACAGAGUAGUGCUAGUACAAGAUCAUGUCACAAGGGAAAGAAACCGAAUCAAAAUUCCAAAAAAAAAGAAAGUAAAGUUUAAAAUAUCUUUCGGAAACCAAAAAAUAACACGACGACAGUUUUGGCGCCAAAUUCGAUAAUGUUGAAUAAAAUCCUAAUCUCGAUGUUCGUCUGGGUUCCACGGAUGGAGGAUUGAGUACAUGCGUUGGAGUUGUUUUUGUGCUUUCUAUAACCGCGGGGCGCUGCCUAGGGCGUUAAUGUAGAGUUUUGUCUCCGCUUCGACCGCUUCUCACGCUUCCACGCCUUCCGGCUGCGGCUUCGACCUUCCUAAGGAUACUAUCCAGCCACAUCCUUAUCAAGAUCGUACGUUUGCGGACCGGCUCAGCCAGCCAGCGCCAUUUUACUAAUUAUAAAA